AAAUACACAAGAUAGCAGCCAAUUACCUUUCAAUGUUUCACGCCGUCAUUCAGCUGCAUUGCAAGAGUUGGACAAAGUCCAUUCUUGGUUGUCCGAAGUGGAUGCAAAAAGUGAAAAUCUGGUGACGGCAUUUUUGUCGAAAACCCAGUAUGUCGCCCUGAGUAAUCACUUCCAGAAUUUCCUAGAGCAUUUAAAGUCCAGGCAGGAAGAAAUGCCCGAGGUGUACGCCGAGUUUGCAAACCUUUUUGAAAAGUUCCGGACAUGCUUCGUGGGCAGUCAGCAAUUGCAGGACAAAGUGUAUGAGCUGAUAUCAGCAAAAGCUGUCGUAGACUUGAAGAAUCUGAAAUUGAAGAAUGAAGUGAAAGAGAAGCGUAAAGAUAUUGAAGAUUUGAAUGAAUCCCUGGAGUCCAUGAGGUUGGAAGCAAUUGAAAUUGACAAAGAAAAAAUGGAGUUGCAGCAAGAGAUAAACAGCUUAAAAGAUAAUUUAAGCAAUCGACUGAAUGAAGAAUUGCAGUACUCUGACGAUGGAGUAGACACGGGAACCACUCUCUUAGAAGAGGAGACCGAAGAAGAGAAAAAAAUCAAUCGAUUGGAAAAUGAGUUGAUGACAUUGCAAGAAGAUUAUUCUAAUGUUUCAAAGAGGGAGGGGAUUUACAAGAAAAAGAUCCAUGACAUGGAAACUGAGAUUGAUGAACUUGAAAAAGAACUAACGAACACCAAGUCAGGAUACCAGAGAAAUGUUGCCUCCUUAGAAAAAUCCCAGGAAGAGAUCAAAGAACUUCAGGGUUUGGUUGAUCAAGAGAAAGAAACCAGUCAAGAACUUCGUGAAGAAAACCACCAAUUGAACAAGCAGAUCAAUGAAGAAAGAUCCAAUUACGAACGCCUCUACGGGGAAUUGAGUUUGUCUGAAAAAUCGUUGGAAGACAAACGCGAAUCUCUUGAAAAAUGUCGAAAGGACUUAAACAGAAGGGGAGAUCGCAUAAGGAUGUUAGAAACGGAAAAGGAGUCGCUGUUGUUAGAUCUCGACGAGAAGCAGUUUGAAAUAAAAUCUCUGAAAGCUGAACAAGCAGAUAUUGUGAAGGAAAAGAAGACAUGUUUGAGAAAAAUUGCUCAGCUCGAGAAAAAUGUUUCAGAUCUAGAGUUGAAAAAUGAAAGCCUCCUGGAGAAAGGCAUUAUUCAACAGAAAGAGCUAGACGCAUUGACAAAGGAGUUCAGUUAUUAUGACAACGAAAUUAAAGAGCUAACUAAGCAAAAGAAUAGCUACCUGCAAGAACUUCGAAAACUCGAUAAGGUUAUCGCCAAUCUACAAAGUGAUUUCGAAAUAUGUAAAAGAAAAGAAACGUUGCUAAUCAAUGACAUAGGCUUAGCCAAUCAAUCAAUUCAAAAAUUGAAGAACACUGUCGAACGACAAGAGCUUGAGCAAGAACGUUCGUAUGCUCAAAUCAUGGAGCAGAAGAAAUCAAUCGAGGAGUUGAAAAUUGAAAAGGAUCGCCUAAACAAGGUGGUCUCAGAUUCCGAAAAGAUUGUAAGUCAGUUGAAAGAAGUUAUUAAAGAGAAAGAUGUGCUGCACAAGGAACAGGUUGAGGAAACACGAUUCUUUCGUAAGUCAUUAUUGGAAGCUAAGCAUGAAAUCGAACAACAGAACUUGAAGUUAAAUAUGCUGGAUAAGCUUUCAGUCCAGCUCAAAAACUACAAUAAGACCUUGGACAACAAACUGAAGGGAUUGAUCCAGGAUAAAAAAGCAAUUAAAGAACAACUAGGAUUUGCUAAAGAGUCUCUAAAACAAGCGAAUAAAAAUGGCGCAGACUUGACGUUAGAGAUCAAAUAUAAAGAAAAUGAGAAGUUACAAUUGCUGCAGGACAUUGCUAGUUUAGAAAGGGAUAAAAGCAAUCAAGAAGGAGCACUGAAAAGCAUCCGCAAUGAAAAGGACGCGUUGGUUGUGAAGCUGCAGAAAAAGGACGAAGAAAUAUUUGAAGAGAAGGAGAAGGUGAAGUUGCUGGAGACAGAUUUGUCAAAGUUAGAAGUCGCACUCAACGAGAGGAUUGAGGACAUAAAACUUCUGAAAGUUCAAUUGUCUGAAAUGAACCGAAACAAGGCUCUAAUGGAGCACAAGGUUGAGAAAAUGGAAGCGACUCGCCAAGAGUUGGUGACAGCUGAAAGAGAUCUGCAAGAACAGAAAUUUAAAGUGAAGAGUUUGGAAGAAGCGAUUCAGACGCCUACGAAUCUCCACAGAUGGCGUAGUUUGGAAGGCACAGAUCCUGAAAAAGCACAACUGGUGACAAAAUGUCUUGAGCUGCAACGCCAACUCUUGAAGAAAACGACUGAAUUAAAGAGCAAAGACCACGAGAUCCAUAGCAAGGAAGAAGAGUUGCUGAAGCUGCAUGAGAUGAUAAGGCGAAGAACAGAAUCUGGCAUGGACAGCGACUUGUGGGAGUGCAGGCGUGAACUCAAAUCACGGAUGGACAGAUUGAAAUGCCUGACAGCUGAAAAUAAUAUGUACGAAUCUACGCUAGAGAAAUACAGAAAGGAGAUUAUGGUACUGAAAGAUGAAAUCCGACGAUAUAAAUUGGCAGAUUUCAAUUCAAGGAAAAGGAAGAAUUCUAAAACUAAAAAGAGGAAGAGCAAACGUUGA